AUGAUGAAAGUCGCAUCUUUUUUGGUAUUUGCCACGCUAAUGCCACUCACGGAUGCAAAGGAUCGUUGUACCGCCAUCAUUGUUGGAGCCAAAGCAUCGACUACUGGAGCCCCCAUGACCACCCAUACAAACGAUUGUUCGUCCUGUGAUUUUCGAAUUGUUAAAGUACCGGCAAAGACGUACAAAGAUGACGCCCAACACGACGUCGUACUUGCAGCUUUUGACUAUCCACGAUACGUCGGUGAGGCUCGUGGUAAGGAAUAUCUUUUGGAGAAUCUGGAUACGCGUUUUUAUAAUUGGACGGCGUCGCCUGCAAUUGGCAGCAUCCCAGAAGUGUCACAAACCUUUGCUUACAUUGAAGGUGCUUACGGAAUCAUCAAUGAACACCAAGUUGCUAUUGGUGAGAGCACUUGCCCUGCACGCUUCUGGACCAAACCAGUGACACAAGGAGGCGAAGCCCUCUUUGACGUGGGAGAACUCUCUCGGAUUGCACUACAGCGUACUCAAACCGCUCGUGAGGCUAUUCAGCUCAUGGGUGACCUUGCUGUGCAGUAUGGAUACUAUGGGGCUGAGUGGGAAGGAGGUGGUGUGUACGACGAAGCAGGCGAAGCUCUGACGGUGACGGACACGAAAGAGGCGUGGAUUUUCCACAUUCUGCCCGAUGACACUGGAAAAUCGGCUGUCUGGGCGGCCCAGCGUGUUCCUGACGACCAGAUUAGUGGCGUGGCUAACCAGUUUGUGAUCCGCGAGUUGGACUUGAACCGCCCGGCAGAUUUCUUGGCAUCCCCUAAUGUGCACGACGUGGCUAUCCGCAACAACAUUUGGAAGCCGAACAAUGGCACGCCAUUCGAUUUUACUCGUGCGUAUGCUCAACCUCGCAAGCCAGCGCACCAGUACUACUCAACUCGUCGCAUCUGGCGCUUGUUCACGCUUGCCAACCCGGCGUUAGCCUUGUCUCCGGAAACCGACGUGCUUGCCAGCGAUUAUCCAUUUGGUGUCAAGCCGGCGUCGCCUCUAUCCCCUCGCGACAUCAUGCGCUUUCAGCGGGAUCACUACGAAGGCACACCAUUCGACAUGACAAAGGGCCCGAAGAGCGGCCCAUAUGGUGACCCUGACCGAUACGAUCCAUCCCCGAAUGAUGAUCUUACCCGCGACGACAUAUCUCGUGGCCACUUUGAGCGCGCGAUCUCCAUCUUCCGUGCAAGCUACUCAUUCGUAUCAAUCCUGGACCCGCAAAACCCGGACAACGCAUACCUUUGGUUUGGCCAGUACGCCCCACACGCAACCACUUACACGCCCGUGUUUGUGCAGGUGACUGACGUGCCCAAGCAACUGUCACGUGGUUCGCUGCACGCAUUUGACCGUGAAUCAUCUUUCUGGAUCCAUGCUCUGGUUGGAAACUGGGCGGCACGCUUCUACUCUCACACGAGUCCUUUUGUCGCAAGAGUUCAAGACGAGUUGGAGAGCUAUGCUGAUGGCAGGCUUGAAAGUGUGCUGAUGGAAGCUGCACAGCACAAACGGGACAGUGGAGUACCAGCCAUGGUAGAGUUUCUUACGACAAAGAGUGAGGAGUUUGCUCAGCGAGCGCAUAGUGCUUCUGCGGACCUGUUUGACUACCUCGUCACCGCCUUCCACGAUGGCUACCAGGUUUCCAACUUUUACGCAAAGAUGCUCACAGUCCACUCCAUCUUUUACCCAAAGUGGUGGCUGCAAAGUGUGGGAUUCUUCGAUGGAACUGAAGAAAGCAGCAAAGAUUCGGCUGUGGCCGCAACCACUGCGCCGGCAUCAUCGAAUAGUGGAGCUAAAGCGAAGAUUGUCAAAGCCGUGAACAAGGGGUCAGUGUCGUACUUCACCACUAUGAUUUUGGUGAUCCUUUCGAGUCUCGCUGGUCUUUUUCUCGGUCGCAAGUUUCAUGGUCCGCUCACCACCAAGCAACAGGGAUAUCGGCCACUGCAGUAG